AUGCGUGUAACACGAUAUUUAUGGAUUAACAAUUUACCUGAUCGCGUUACUGAACAAGAUAUUCGUGAUGUUUUACAAAGUCAUGGCAAAAUCCAAAGUGUUCGAAUUCAUGAGCACGAAGGAAAUAAUGGUGCUGUUGUUGCAUUCGUUGACACUAAGUCUGCAACUCGAGCAGUGGAAAGCACAAUACGAUUAAGAAAGGUUAAUCUGUCUCUUCAGUACUGUGAAUCAUCUGGUAUACCUGGAACUAACAGUUCUGAUCAACUUGCUACACCAUUGGAUUAUAUUCAAACUAGCAACAAUAGCCUUUUGCAGUCGGAUGUAAAUUAUUCACGACAUAAAAGUCGAUCUGUGAGUACAGUCAGUGAUUCUAGUUCUGUAUUUCAUGAUCCCGAAAACAACGGACAAACUGACAUCUGUUUAUCACACACAACGAAACGGAAUUAUCCUAAAGAUUUCAAAACCACUAACAUGAAUGCCAGUCCUCGCUUUCAAAAUGAACAUCGUGGAUUAAAGAUUAGUCAUCUUCCUCUUCGUUCUUCAGACACUAAUUUGCGCGAAGGAUUAUUUCAUGAAUACAAAAAGCAUGGGAAAAUUACUUCGGUGUUUGUACGCGGACAAGAUGAAGAGCGUAUCUGCAUCAUCACAUUCAAAAAAAGUGAGGAUGCCGAGAAGGCACUCGCAUCAUCUAAGGGUAAGGUGUUUUUUGGUACGCCAAUAUCAGUUCAACCACACGAAGGGUUAAAUUCCGAAGACCCUGACUUAUGUCCUCCUGAACAUGCUUUGAAUGAAUACCACCCUAAGGCGACAAAAACUUUAUUCGUUGGGAAUCUUUGUUCGGGUACAAUUACUCAAGACGAGCUUCGUCGCACUUUCCGUGGUUAUGGUGAAAUAAUUGAAAUAGAUAUCAAGAUUCAAGCGAAUCAGCCAGGAACGUCCUAUGCAUUCAUUCAAUAUGGGGAUAUAAAAAGUGUAGUGCGGGCUUUAAAAGAACAAGAAACUGUUCGUGUCAACGGGAAACCUGUCAAAUUGGGUUUUGGUAAAAGUCAGCCAACGAAUGUCGUGUGGCUAGAUAACUUGUCGCCUACUAUUAACGAGGCUUUCUUAACAAGACAGUUUGGCCGAUAUGGUCAGCUAACCCAUGUUGUUUUGGAUAGGAAAUCAAUGCGAGCGCUUUAUAUUUUGAUAAUGUUGAAGUUGCACAACAUGCAGUAA